UCAUCGGUUCAUCAUGAAGGAAGGUUGAGCUUCACCCGCCAAGCGACUUCAGCGGGAGCAAUGUCACAUUAUGCGGCCAAAGGCGGGUACAGUCUGGUCACCGUGCUCCUCCUCUGGCUCGGUCACGCAGGAGCGUCCAACGAAACGGGUCACGCUGCUGAGCCACAUCAAACCCAACACCCAGGUCUUGGUUUGGGCGACAUUGUCAUCGUGAUCCAGAGUCAGAGAAACUCCUUCCACGUCCGUGUAGCCGAAGAGAGGAAGCAGGAGAUUCUGCAUCAGUCCUCACAGCUGGGACAGGAAGCUCCAAUCGUUGUUCUCCUUCAUGAAAUCUCCCCGUAUGAUGGUGUAUGGAGCAUCGUUCCUGCGUUUCCUCUCCUCUCGGCCACUUACGGCCGCUCAGCUCGCUGGUUUGUCUUCACCGAGGAGGGAACCCGAGUGAGACUUCCCGCUCUGAAGCCGCUUCUUCUCCAAUAUCAGCCAUCUGAAGAAUGGUUUUUAGGAAAGCGCCUCCACGACCGCGACGCCUCCAUCAUUCACCACUAUGCUUUCUCUGAGGAGCCCAGCGGGUUUGGGUUCCCGGACCCCGCCGCAGGGUGGGCUCUCAGUGCUCCGCUGCUCCGAAGACUUGCCAGUCGGAUUAAACACGAGAGGUUGAAGUCCGAUUUCACCAUCGACCUGAAACAUGAGAUUGCGCUGUAUAUUUGGGAGGAGGGGAAGGGUCCUCAGCUGACGGCGGUGCCAGAGUUCUGUGUGGAUCCGAAAGCCAACUGUGCCACAACGUUCACCACCUACCUGCCAGACUGUGGAGAACCGGUGUCGAAAAAAGACAUGGUUGUUGCUGUCAAAACCUGCCAGAAAUUCCACUUAGAUAGAGUGCCGGUGGUGAAAGCCACAUGGGCCAAAGAUGCUGAGUAUUUGGAAUAUUACAGCGACGUCUCUGAUGAUACGAUACCCACAAUAACCUUGGGAGUUCCCAACACUGAUACAGGGCAUUGUGGUAAAACGUUCGCCAUCAUGAAGCGUUUCCUCAGUAAAGCCGUCCCAAACACAGCAUGGCUUGUUAUCGUCGACGAUGACACUCUUAUCAGUUUACCGAGGCUACGGCACCUGCUUAGCUGCUACGACCCGAAUGAGCCGGUUGUCCUCGGGGAGCGAUACGGCUACGGCUUGCUUCAGAACGGAUACAGCUACAUCACUGGAGGCGGAGGGAAGUGUCACUCUGUGUUUAGGAUAGUGCUGAGUCAGGUGGCAGUGACCCGGUUGAUGUCCAGCGGCUGCAGCUGCUUCAGAGAUGACGCUCCUGAUGACAUGGUGCUGGGGAGAUGCUUCACCUCGCUGGGGAUCCCCGUCACACACAGUCCUCUCUUCCACCAGGCCCGACCUGACGACUAUCCGACAACGAUGCUGUCGGUGCAGCGGGCUGUUUCCUUCCACAAGCACUGGAACAUUGAUCCCAUCGCUGUCUUCAAACACUGGCUGGAGGACACACGGCAGACAGAUGAACUGUAGAGCAAAUCAUUCAGGUGAAGUUCUCCAGCCCACCCACCAGAGAAGUUACUUGGUUCCUGAAUCGCCCCCCAAAAAAAUCCCAGGAUGUUGUUUUCUUUUGUGUUUUUCUGUCAUAUCCUUUGAAAUAUUUGUUAGAAAAGUUUUCCAUUUUUGAACGCCUGAAUGCAUUUCCCAUUUUCUGCUGACAGUUGAUUCACAAAUGUUCAUUGCUCAGUGAUUUGUACUGAGCUGGUGUGGCAUUAAAUACUAAUGUGAAACUGUGGUUUGGUUUCUGUCGGAAUUGUCCUGUGGGGGAGUGAAAAAGUAUGAUGAUUAAAUCUACUGGCUUUUUGGGCUUUAAUUGUUGGGACGUGUUGUCGCAUGUGUCGCAGGUAAUGGAGGAUGUCUAUGGGUGGUUUGUCUGGAAAGGGAAGUUUUCCGGUUUUUAAACUGUUGUGGUGAAAUUGUCUGCCGAUGAGUGAUCGGUUAUCUGUGCUGGGGAGCUGGGUUAGUCUUCAUUCCAUCAAUCAUAUGUGAAAAAUCCAUUUCUCUGUGCACGUGCUUUUGAUUUUUCAAUCUCUCUCUUAUCACACAAGUUAAUGGAACUGUUCAUUAACUUGUUAAGUUCACUAAAUGUCUAAAUUCAUUUUGAAUUUAUUUUAAUUCUGCCAUUUUAAUAGAUUUAAAUGGAGAAAAAUAUAUGACAGCAGUAUAUUCAAUUGAAAUCACUUUUCUAUUUGAACUAUUUCCUUUAUUGAACCAUAUUGAAUCAGCAGGGUUUUUUAUUUUUAUUUUUAAGCACAAAACUGCAGCUUGAAUAUUGACUGGUCGACAUACUAAAAACUUUCUUGUGUAUCCAAACUGCAAUAACAGCAUCUCACCUGGGAUGAACUUUGAAAAAUGUUCAGAUGAUUUUCCAGACAAUGUAUCUUUUUGUUGUGAAUUCAUCUUCA